AGUCCAUGUACACACGUGAAUCCUUAAACUGCACCGUCAAAUCACGUUUCACGACCCUAAAGCCUCACCUUUUAAAUUGAUACCACGAAAGCGCCUUCAAAGAAGGAACGCCGGCCACACCGAGAAACACAAGGGAAGGAAGAAAAUACAAAGCUUUGUUGGGGAAACCUCAAGGGAACCUUCUCUUUUUCUCCUUCACUUGGCAAAGGAAGGAGAAAGGGUGCAUGAGUCACGCGUGUUUGGUGUGUAGGUUACCCGCGUGUUCUCAUGUUACCCAUUUAAUCGUAAUUGGUUUCUUGUAGGUUUUCUCCAAUAUAUUCUCUUCCGCUCCGUUGGUGAUUGAUGCUUUUGUAAUUUGUUUAAGUGGGAAUUGUUUGAGUGGAUUGGGUUUUGAACUUUAAUUAUUGGGUCAGUUGCGUUUUCUGGAUUGAAACCCUGAUUCAUGUCAAUUGGGAUCGUAAGAUUUUGGAUGAACUUGGCUCUAGAUUGACCGGAUCGUUGUUUUCUCUGGUAUUCCUGAUCUGGGUUUGAUUUCGGUUAAAGUAAUAUUUUUUUGGGUUGGAGAUAGAUUCGGCACAACAGUUUUGUAAUUGGAGGGGUUUUCAUAAUUUGAUCUACUCAUCGGUUCCUCUAAAUUGUUGAUGACUCUGGUUAUUCUGGAGAAGCAGUAUCAGCUUGUGAACUUGCCCAAUUCUUUUGUGGGUGUUCUCAGGCUAUUGAAUAUACCCGUUGAAAAGAAGGUCUUUGCAUUCUGUAUCCCCAGAGACAGAUGGGAUAAGGAGUUCUUUAAUCUGCAAGGAGGUUAAUUCAAUUUGUUUAAUUCUCAAAGACUGGUUAUAGAAUUGGUUUGGAGCGCAUGAAUUUGAGAUGGAUUCUUCACAAGGAUCUACAUUGUCGACCAAUGUCGCAGGGAUUGUUGAUGGUUCUUCUGGGUGCAGAGAGGUAUCAUUUAUUGAUAAUAUGCCCAUUUAUGUUAAGGAGCUAAUAGCUGGAGGUGCUGCUGGAGCAUUUGCUAAGACUGCUGUUGCGCCUCUUGAACGGACUAAAAUCCUGUUGCAGACAAGAACUGAAGGGUUCCAGUCCCUUGGGGUGCUUCAAUCAUUGAAGAGAUUACUAAAGCACGAGGGAGUUCGUGGGUUUUAUAAGGGAAAUGGAGCUAGUGUUCUUCGAAUUGUCCCUUAUGCUGCCUUACAUUUCAUGACGUAUGAACAGUAUCGUCUUUGGAUCUUGAAUAACUAUUCUGGAUUAGGUUCUGGGCCUGUAAUAGACCUGUUAGCUGGUUCAUUAUCUGGAGGAACUGCUGUUUUGUGCACAUAUCCCUUAGAUCUGGCACGUACAAAACUUGCUUAUCAGGUAAUAGACACAAAGAGAAGUUUCAGCAGUGGUGUGAAAAGUAUAUAUCCCCGACCUGCAUAUAAUGGCAUAAAAGAUGUACUGACAAAUGUCUACAAGGAAGGUGGUGCGCGCGCUCUGUAUCGUGGUGUAGGUCCAACUCUCACUGGUAUUCUCCCUUAUGCUGGCUUAAAGUUCUACAUAUAUGAGGAACUCAAACGCCAUGUUCCUGAAGAGCACCAGAAGUCCAUUGUGAUGCGUCUUUCUUGUGGAGCUCUAGCUGGGUUGUUUGGGCAGACUUUCACUUAUCCAUUGGAUGUUGUGAGGAGACAAAUGCAGGUUGAGAAUCUGCAACCUUCAUUUCAAGGUGUUGCCAGAUACCGGAAUACAUGGGACGGGCUUUCUAUGAUUGCUCAUAACCAAGGAUGGCGGCAGUUGUUUGCUGGGCUAAGCAUUAAUUAUAUCAAGAUUGUACCUUCUGUGGCAAUUGGUUUCACUGCAUAUGACAUGAUGAAGAUUUGGCUUCGCAUUCCACCACGACAGGCCGCGGCUUAACACCACCCUGUGUACUUCCAUCUACCAUCAUUGAUCGACUGCUAAUACCACUUAUACUGGCCAAUAGUUAAGAAUUGCGAGGCAGGAACAUUUUGUAACUAUUUGCCCUGGUUGAGAUUUGUCGGCUAUCCACACUUUGGAUGUUAGUACUUGAAAGCUGGCCAUUCCACUUAUUGAAUUAUUGAAUUGCCCAUGUUGGAUUUAAUAUAUAGAUGAAUGAUCCAAUAGAAGCUGCGAUUUUAGCCAGACUA